UGUGUAUAUGUGUGCACUCUGUGGUGCUGAGAUCUUCUGAAGUCUCACUCGGUGGUGCUCCAGGAAAGGUGUGGCUGCUGAGUAAAGCCUGCUGUCAUAAACUCACACACUGCAGAACGACGGACGCAGAGAGAGACCGACUGCUCACACACACUCUCACACACUUUCAGAGAGGAGCUGCAGAGCUGAACUCAGGCUGUUCAUUUCAUUCAGUCUGAGCAAUCCAGCCUUCCAGAGAUGUGUUGAAAAACGCUGCUACUUCAAAAACACCAGCAAACGCACCGCUACACCCCAAACCACAUACACGGUAGCGCUCACAGUCUCUGCAUGGCCCACCCGUACGAGCCGUGGCUGAGGGCAGCACCCCCCGGAGGCCCAGAGGAAGUGGGCAUGUCCGGAUGGUGGGACCUGCAUGGGGGAGCCGCAGGAGGAUGGGUGGACCUGCAGGGGGCACCAGGUCUCGGGGGUGGGGGGAUGGGUCAGGGGGGCUCAAUGGGUCUGCAGCCAUCCGUCAGCUCCUACAACCCAGAGGCCCAGAUGUGCUGCCUGCCGCCAUCCCCCCACCCGUCCCCACUGUACCCACCCGAUGGCUUCAAAAUGGAGCCACUCGCCCCGGACAUGUUGCACCCACCUGGAGUCUCUGCGUCAUUCUCCCUGGAGGAGCCACAAGAGGGUGCUGGUGGCUCUGGUUCAAGCCGGCCCAAACCCCCCCGGCGGUCCGGCAGCAGAGCUCCGGGUCAGACCGCCUGCCGCUGCCCAAACUGCCUCAGCGCCGAGUCGCUGGGAACGGCGUCUGCUGGCAAUGAUGACGACAAACGUAAGCACCUGCACAACUGCCACAUCCCAGGCUGCGGGAAAGCCUAUGUGAAGACAUCCCACUUGAAAGCGCACCUGCGCUGGCACAGCGGUGAUCGCCCCUUCGUUUGCAACUGGCUGUUCUGCGGGAAGCGCUUCACGCGCUCCGAUGAGCUGCAGAGGCACCUGCAGACGCACACCGGGGCCAAGCGUUUCGGCUGCAGCGUGUGCCCGCGUGUCUUCAUGCGCUCUGACCACCUGGCCAAGCACAUGCGGGUGCACGAGUCGCCGUGCCAACCGGCCGAGGAGCAGGGAGGCGGGGACAACAAUUCACCUGCAUCCAGCAUCGACGGGACGGUGGCCGGCGCAGGUGGAGCACCCGUGCUGCGUCUGAAGAGCGAGACUGAUGCCGGUGGAGAUGAGACUGUGGCGCACAGCAGCUAACUGAGCUCAGUUACAUCUGCCGAUGUUAAUGUCGUACUGUUAGCAUAUGUUGAAAGAUGACAACAUGAAGUUUGCUGAACACCAUCCUGACACUGAUUAACUGGUGAUGUUGGCUAGAUAGCACCAGACAUCACUGAUGACUGCUACUUGUAGCACUGAUAGCAUCACUUGGUUAACUCUAGAUAUCAUUGAUUACCAAUGUGGCUAAACC